AUGCCGAAAAUCCUGGAUUGCUUAAUCUUGAAAAAUAUUAAACAUUAUACAGGAACUCAAGACCAAUCUGACACUCCAGUGUCUGCUAAUGACAUGUGUGCACUAGAAGAAUGGCCAUCCCAUGCUCGCCGCAACCGUGCGCAACUACAGGAUGAAGCUGGUGGACAGAAGAAGAAAGGGCGAGGUGUUCUAAAAGGUUUUAAAGCAUCUAAGAAGCGUUUUGCCAAUGGAUCUGCAAAGCUAAAUAUUGCAUUCUCUGAAAAAUUGGGUGGUACAGUAGGAAUGAACUAUCGUUCAUUCAAGGAUGACGUGGUAGUCAUAAUGAAAAGAAAGUUACCACUCAUUGGAGUAAGGAGGUGGUCGGACAUUAACCCUACCAUACAUCGACUCAUUGUUGCAGAUAUGAUAGAUAGAUGGGAUCUGGAAGAUACACCUGACACAGAAGAAAAGGUACUCACAAUUGCGAAAGAGCAGUACAGAGGCUGGCAAUCAACUCUAAGCUCCACUUACAAGGCAUACAAAACAGAUGCAGCUAGAUUGGCUAAUCUACCGGAAGAUUUACAACCAGAAGAAUGAGAAUGGAUGAUUGAGUACUUUGGCACUGAUUUAAAAUUCCAGGUUAUCUCUAAGAACACAAUUUGUCUACUAUGUGUUAAGAUGAAAUGGCUUGUUUGACUCGUUA